GAGCUGUCAAAGUUGGCUUCCUCGCAGGACAUUAACCCUCAAAGAUCAACAAUCGUCGAGGUGCUUGACGCACCGAGCUACACUGAUUUCACAGUCGAGUGCCAAUUGUUGAGUACAGACCCUCUACACCGAGCUGGACCACCCCGCUUAUGAAUUAUCUACAAAGUGGCGAGCUACCCGAAGACCAGUCCGCUGCAAAGGUGAUUAAACGCAGGGCGGCACAUUUCAUUGUGUUAGAUAACCAGCUCUACAAGCGAGCAGCCUCAAUGCCCCUAUUACGCUGCCUUACUCCUUACGAGGCUGAAUACGCCGUGAAAGAAGUUCACGAGGGAAUAUGUGGCACGCACAUCGGUGGCAGAACUUUGGCUCGGAAACUACUGAGACAUGGUUAUUAUUGGCCCACUAUGGUCGAAGACGCACAUGACUAUGUCAAAAAGUGCCCGACCUGCCAGUUCAAUGCUGAUGAUAUCCACAUGCCAGGGGAAAUGCUAUCAUCUCUUACGUCUCCCUGGCCUUUUGCUCAAUGGGGCGUCGACCUGCUCGGCCCCUUCGUCAAAGGCAAAGGAGCUGCACUUUCCUGGUCGUUGCGGUGGAUUACUUCACCAAGUGGAUAGAAGCUAAACCGUUAUCCACGACAACAGAAAGGAAAAUCGAAGAAUUCUUGUUCAAUUCCAUAUUGUGCAGGUUCGGCAUACCUAAGCGGAUUAUCGCCGAUAAUGGGCCACAGUUCCGAGCCGCAGCACUGAGAUCGUUUUGUAACGACUAUGGCAUCGAGCUCACAUUGACAUCCGUGUAUACUCCACAGUCCAACGGGCAAGCCGAGUCCGCCAAUAAAAUCGUCUUGCGAGG